AUGACGACGUGCCGUCUGCUGUGCGCCCUGUUGGUGCUUGCCCUGUGCUGCUGCCCGUCCGUGUGCGUGACGGAGGGUAGCGGAGAACAAGAUGCGGGCAGUGGUUCAACGACUGCUCAGUCACAGGGAUCAGGUGGUGCGGGGUUAACAAAUACUUCCACCGAACCAAAUUCAACAGGUCCGACCGAUGCGUCACCGUCAAAGAUUCCGGGGUCCGUUACGGUAGAAAUUACGGGGAACGACGCGAAACAGCCCCAUGGUACGCCCAGUUCGCAAGGGACAGGAGAUGCGGUGGUCCGUAAUGGACCGACAUCAAUUACAGCGGCCAGUGCGCCAGACUCAGCAGGCCCGGCCAAAACGUUACAGGAACCGGCAACAAUUUCCGAGGCCGGUGGGAAAGGGCCCCUAAGUCAGUCCAGUAAUGGACAGACACAAAGUGGAAACCCCACAUCACAAGGAUCAAGUGCGGGAACCGGUGUGCCAGAAACUCCAGGUACAGAAGGUCCGGAGCCUAUUACAAAAGAGGUACCAAGUGGGUCCGAUGGGUCAGGGUCGUCAGGUGGGUCCGCUAACCCAAAUACAUCGUCAAGUUCCGUGACCGCGCCUGUAUCGGCACAAAUUCAGAAGGAAAAUGCGCCAACUACGACAACCACGACUACGACAAAAGCACCAACUACCACCACCACUACGACUACGGAGGCGCCAACUACAACGACAACCACUCGCGCACCGUCACUUCUUCGCGAAAGCGACGGCAGCCUCAGCAGCUCUGCGUGGGUGUGUGCCCCGCUGCUGCUCGCCGUAUCCGCGCUGGCGUACACCGCUCUGGGCUGA